AGUCUGAUUUCCAACCUAACCCACCAGAAGAACAUGGUGAACUGUAUGACCUCCAUUCUGUCGGUGGCAACUCUGCCAGUCCGGGUAAUGGAAGAGUUUCAAUCGACAUAUGGAAGCGGCGGGCAACUUCAGGACAUCAGAAGUGAUGCCAGGAAGGAAUAUGAGCGGUACUACUCUUCAGAAGAGGAGCUGAAUGAACAGCUGAACACCUUUGCUAACAACUGCAUGUUUGCCUACUGUGGAGAAAACACUGUGGAAGUACAGAUAGACUUUCCCUCUAACAGAGAGUACAAUGACAACGUUGCCAGUGAAGAGUUGCCUCUUGCUGAAGAGUUCCAGGAUCAUCUUAAGUGUUUCAUCGACACCAGCAAGACGGCGCCUGAAGAACGAUACAGAAUGGCCGAGAAGCUUAUCGAGCAGCUACAUAUAUCGUCUAACAACUACAGGUCAACUCUAGUGGAGAGGAUUCAACAGGAGAAAAUGGACAUCAAGUGCCUUCAACUACUCCGUGCCAUGAUUCACAAUGAGGAACGGAAGCUCCCGGCAAACUGGGAAAUGUACCCAAAGAAGAACAAAAAGUAA